CUGCCUGCUCCUCGUCUGGCCCAGAGACCAUCGCCUUCCUGGGGUCUGGAGGCUGAGCAGGUGGGGGCCAGUCCAGCUGUUUCCAGACAGGAUGGUGACCCAUUAGAGGGUCAGGAAAUCAUUCAGUGGCUCAUGACCUGCAUUUAGAAAAACAGAACCGACAUGAUCAGAGUGCAUUGUAAGUGAUAGGGGUCCUGCUCACCCACCACCGAGGUCCAGCCUCUGAUGCAGCGUGAACUGCAGCCUAUGAACAACAUGGCAGCGGAGAGACGGGCCCAUUCCCUGAGCCCCUGAGAGGAGAGGCCCCUGCAGGCCCAACGAUGGGGACCGUCGCUGCAGACAACUCCUCCCUGAACUGUUCCGUGGACCACAGCAUCCACCAGAUGCUGGCCCCCGCGGUCUACGUCACCGUGCUGGUGGUGGGGCUCCCGGCCAACUGCCUGUCUCUCUACUUCGGCUACCUGCAGAUCCGAGCCCGCAACGAGCUGGGCGUGUACCUGUGCAACCUCACGGUGGCCGACCUCGUCUACAUCUGCUCGCUGCCCUUCUGGCUGCAGUACGUGCUGCAGCACGACAACUGGUCCUACAGCGACCUGUCCUGCCAGGUGUGCGGCAUCCUCCUCUACGAGAACAUCUACAUCAGCGUGGGCUUCCUCUGCUGCAUUUCCAUCGACCGCUACCUGGCCGUGGCCCACCCCUUCCGCUUCCACCAGUUCCGCACCCUGAAGGCGGCCGUGGGCAUCAGCGUGGCCAUCUGGGCCAAGGAGCUGCUGGCCAGCGUCUACUUCCUCCUGCACAGGGAGGUGGUGGAGGACGAUCACCGGCACCGCGUCUGCUUCGACCACUACCCCCUGGAGCCAUGGCAACGUGGCAUCAACUACUACCGCUUCCUGGUCGGCUUCCUCUUCCCCCUCUGCCUGCUGCUGGCGGCCUACCGGGGCAUCCUGCGGGCCGUGCACCGCAGCCACGGCACCCAGCAGAGCCGCAAGGACCAGAUCCAGCGGCUGGUGCUCAGCACCGUGGUCAUCUUCCUGGUCUGCUUCCUGCCCUACCACGCGCUGCUGCUCGUGCGCAGCAUCUGGGAGUCCAGCUGCCGGUUCGCCAAGGGCAUCAUCAACACCUACCACUUCUCCCUGCUGCUCACCAGCUUCAACUGCGUGGCCGACCCCGUGCUGUACUGCUUCGUCAGCGAGACCACGCACCGGGACAUGGCCCGCCUCCGCGCCGCCUGCCGGGCCCUCCUCACCUGCUCCAGGACCGGCGGGCCCAGGGAGGCCUACCCACUGGGGACGCCAGAGGCCUCUGGGGUGAAAAGCGAGGAGCCCGAGUUGUUAAGGAAGCUCCACUCGACCUCGCAGACCCCUAACUCACCUGGAGGGGGAGGGUCCCCCACAGCUGGGCUGGCCUAGCCAGAGUCACCCAUGUCGGGGCGAAGGGAGGGCUGAGCUCGC